AAUGUUCAUACAUUUCAAUUAAUUGACAUGGCAUUCAAACUAUUAAAAGGAACCUUCGGUUUUUACAAAAAACCAACAAUAUUGUUAAUUUAUUUGGUUAGUUGGUUAGAUGUGUUUGUGUCAUUAAGUCGUUAGAAAACUAUUAAAUAAUUGUACAAAGAAGAAGUAAUACAGUGAGUGUUUUGUUAUUUGUGUGUUUGUUAAAUAAGUGUAGGAAAUCGGGGUACAAAGUUAUUACUUAUUCUUAUUAAAAGACCAAUUUUAUCAAUUGCAGUAGAAAUAAAAAUUGACCAUAAUGAUAUUAAAAAUAAUUCUAUCCUGUUCCAUUCUCAACGUUGUGUGGUGUAUUUCCCGUCAUCCAAUCCUUAUUGUAAUUUCCUACGACGCAUUCAGGUAUAAUCUAUUUGACACCAAACUACUGCCAAAUAUGGAAAGUCUGAGGAAAGCAGGAACUUACGCAGACUACAUGGUAAACAUAUUUCCUACAAAAACGUUUCCCAAUCAUUUCUCAAUAGCUACUGGAGUAUUUGCGGAAACGCAUGGAGUGAUUGGAGCCAGUUAUUUUGACGCAGCUACACAGAAGGUUGUAAAAAAAGGUGCAGAAAUGUUUCAUUAUAAUGAAGAUGUUGUGCCAAUUUGGCGAUGGAAUGAAGCACAAGGAGACGGCAGAUAUUCUGCCUCAUUUAUGUGGCCAGGUUCAGAUUUUCCUUACCAAGGUAAAGACAUAACGUACAACCAAAAAUUUACCCGAAAUUUCACACACGUUCAAAAAGUCGAUACGGUGAUAUCUUGGUUAACCGAUCCAGUGAAACCUGCAAAUUUAGUUAUGCUAUAUGUUGAAGGAAUUGAUUAUCCAUCACAUGUCUAUGGUUCAAAUUCAACACAGUUCAUAGAGGAAUUAAAAAAAUUGGACACUCUCACAAAAUAUAUUGAGGAUCAAUUAGUAAAACACAAUUUAUCAGAAAAAGCUAAUGUGGUCCAUCUAAGCGAUCAUGGUAUAUUGAGUGUACCAGUAUCUAAAGUAAUUAACAUAACCCAGUAUAUGAAACCAGGGACAUAUACCCUGCUAGGAUCUAGCCCUAUCUUUCAAAUCUAUCCAAAGAAAGGUUUUGAACUAGAAUUAUACAAUUCAUUGAAGGAGGGAUCCCGAAAAAACGGACAUUUUAAGGUUUAUAGAAAAAGGAGUUUUCCCAGACGAUGGCAUUAUAAAAAUAAUACACGAACACCUGAUCUUCUUGUGAUGGCCGAUGUUGGAUAUGGAUUGGAGGAUUUAAUAAUUGACGCUCGCAAAUACGGCCGAAGACAUAAUUUAACUUUAACAAAUAGUACCGAGUUUGGAGUCCAUGGUUAUGAUAAUACAGUAGAAGCUAUGAGGCCGUUCUUCAUGGCUAGAGGACCAAGAAUCAAGAAACAGCAUCAAGUUCCACCGUUCCGGUCUGUUGAUUUAUAUAACUUAUUUACACAAAUUCUGGAAAUACCUAAAAAUCCGACGAAUGGAUCAAUGUGGCACAUUGUAGAUAUUCUUCGUGAUUCAGCAUUGCAAAAAGAAACCAACGAAAAUAAAAAUGUUAGCUAAG